CGGUUGAAGUUGGUGACUUUUUGCUGUAUUCUCGCUUAUUCAGUCGCCUGGCCCUCAUCAAAAACCCCACCGAGUAUCACCAAGAAUUUCUGUCGCUUCGAGUCUUGCUGCACAUGCCAGUAGUCAGGCUUUUUCCGACAUCAUGUAACGAUGUUCUCUUGUAGCAUUCCGGAUGGGAGCUGUAACGUAACGGGUUUGUGUGGCGGCGUGUUUUGCUUGGUUUGAUUUGGUUCUGUCGAGCAAGAAGAUGAUGCAAAUCGAUCACGGUACAAGUUCUUUUGACCUAUGCAAUAAGUUGAACUGAUAUUCAGGGGUAUGGAGGAUCAGCAGUGGUGUGUGGGGGGAAAGCUGUGCUCCAGUACAGUACCUGAAUAAUAACGAAGUAAUGGAGUUAUCAGUCUCGAUUGGUCGAGUCUUGCUUCAGUUGAACCCGGAAAAACGUAAGCGUUUAACAUCUCACACUGCUGAUGAAUUUUGCUGUAUAACCUUCACGGACGACUGUUCACGAAGAUUCUCCUGACUCAAAGCGAAACGAGGAAGUCACAUAUCACCAUCCAUAGGUAAGGUAAAUUUACCCCAGAUACCUCAGUCCCUGCACUUGACCAUGACGGAACAAGCUCGGCAAAGUAACCUGAAGGCAGGAAGGCAAGCUCAAGCCACAGCCGAAGCGGGGCGGGCGGGUAUGAAGCGGGACGAGGCGCAAGGCUUAGCAACUACAAGAUGGAAUCGCUUCACUUCUGGUCUAUUGUAUCUCGCCUGUGGCAAGGACCAAAAUUCGCCAAUUCGGUACAUCUCCUCAACUACUCCUUACUCCCCACAGCGCAAGGCGACACCUCUGCCUAUGCCGAGUACCAGCCUCGUCUUGUCACGGGCUCCCUUCGUCUUCUCCUGACCUAGCUUUGCUCAUUCGUCAAAGACAUAUUGUGGCUGUGCAAAAAAGGGGCAGGUCUGUUUGAGCAGGCUACUCUGCAAUUCAUACACAGUUCCAUGUGGCUUCCUGGUAGUGAUUUUAGCAUUUCCUUCUCCCGUGCGAUGUCCAUUCGAUGCUUGAUUACAUUCUAAGACACCCUCUCAAAAGUUCGCUUUGUAAUUUCCAUCAACCUCCUCGUCUAAACUGUCUUGCAGACUGUUGCAUGUAUCUCUCUUAUCAUGGAUCCUAUAAGCGCCGUUGGUAUUGCACUGAGUGUUGCGGGCCUUGCUGGACAAGUCUUCAAGGGAUGUAUCCAGGGCAUUCAAUUCAUCAUCACAGCCAAAGGUCUCCCAGAAGACUGCAAGUAUUUGAAUCUCAGACUGCGUAUGGAACAGCAGCGUCUAUUCGCAUGGAGCGAAACAUCCGGAUUACUAGAUCUUCAAAAUCUUGAUGACACCAAAGUCCGGGAAUCAAACACCUUCGUCAUUCAUCGAACCACAAUACUGGAUCUUUUAGUUCAAAUUCAAUGUCUAUUCAAAGAGUUUGAGAAGGCUCAAAGAAAGAACGAAAGACUUAUUACGGUCUCGCAAUCGACAGAUUCAGAUGAGGAGUUGUCAAAUGAUCCGGCCAAAGAUUCUUCGAAUGCCCACGUCCCACUUCCGGAAGGUAGAAGGAAGUUUAUCAUGAAGGCCAUGAAGACUUUCACUACUGGGACGAAAGAUGGUCUAGGCGAAGGACGAAGGAGACUCAAAUGGGCAGCAUUUGACAAAGAAUCUUUUGAGGAGCUACUGCAACGCUUCUCAACUCUUAAUGACAAUAUGACGGACAUCCUCGAUGCUCGGCUACAGACUGAAAUCCACCGGACGACACAAGACACUAACAGAGGCGUUCUUCAACUACACAAGGAUCUGGCUAGUUUACACCGUCUGGUUCAAGCACUCGAUAUCAAGAUGCAAUCUCGGACCUACCCUGUCCCAGCGAUCGCUCACUACGCACCCGCCAACGACGCCGCUGGUCUCCGUCUCCUCACCCAGCUCGCCAAAUUCAAGGCCUUCAACGAAUCCCUCGACACCGAAGGACCUGCACCUUGGAACGAAGCAACAGCAAUGGUUCUCCAACUAGGCCAGCCGGAAAACGAAAAAGCAAACACCAAGAUCGAGCGAUCAAGCAUCACUCUCGAUCCUCAAUCGGUUGGCGAAGACACUACUGCCAUCCGGUGUGAAGCAACAUAUCUUCGGAAUGGACACAGCCAAAGAGUCUGGAUCGAGUGGAAAGAGUACGAUUACCAGAAACCAGGCUCGCCCUUCCCGCCACCUUUAAUAAUCGACCGCGUCUCCAAACUCGCUUCCCUCCUCCAUCACACGCCCAAGCCAGAAGCUUUCCGAGUCCCACACUGUCUCGGCUAUUUUGACAAUGCGAGGCGACCAAGCGAUGGAGGCGCUGAUAGCGAAGAAGACGACGGCGUAGACACACGCAUCGGUUUCGUCUUCGAGAAACCGCACGAUGAAGGCAUAUACCCAGAUACAGCGCCCAUCUCGCUUUUCGAGCUAUUAUUAUCAUCGCCCAAGCCCCGCGUCACAGAACGUAUUAAAGUAGCUUACGCAAUAGCCAACUGUCUGUUAUAUCUGCACAGCGUGAAUUGGUUACAUAAAGGUCUUCGCUCCCACAACAUCGUGUUUUUUCCACACAACAAAGUGGUCGAGGGGAAACGAGAGUUGUCUAUAGACUACGGUAAGCCCUACCUCUCCGGCUUCGACUUCGCGCGUCCAGCACGCGCUGACGAGAUGACUGAGAUUCCUGGGGAUAACGGCGCUUACAAUAUGUAUCGCCAUCCGCAUACACAAGGCCAAGGAUUUGGACCUAGGGAAAGCUUCAGAAAAAGUUUCGACAUUUAUAGUCUUGGCGUGGUGCUUGUUGAGCUCGCGCAUUGGCGGACGGUGGACAAGAUUUUGGGCGUGGAGAAGGGUGGAUUGAGGGUUAUGGGGAGAGUGAGGGGAAUGCUACUUGAGGAGGAGAGGAUGGAUGAUAUUGGGGGAGCUAUGGGGGAGAUGUAUGAAGGCGCGGUGAAAGUUUGUGUGAAGGGGGGUGAGGAUUUGGGAUUGGGUCAGGGGGUGGAUGAGUUGAGUGAUUUGGGGGCGGGGAGAGUGAGUUUGAGAUUUUAUGAGGAUGUUGUAAAGAGGCUUGGGGAUGUGAGGGUUUGAAAGCGAGACUUGAUCUUGAAAUGAUGAACGCGUGAAUAGGAAAGUAAUGAGAUUGAUGAGUAAUGUAUCCUACUUUAGAAGUGGAGCAGUUUUGCAUACCGACCUGAUAUGUGUAAUACGCUCAGUAAGGAGAAAAUGGACUAUUCCUUGGCUAAGGACUUGCUUGCCGCACCGGU